UGCAGCAGUGAGAAGAUAAUCAAAACAAGCGCGGUUUGAUCAAAGUCCUUCUGUUUCUACUUUGAGUUAAUUUGCAUUUCAACCACGAAUAAAUUUCAUUCAUUAAGCAAAAAGUACAACCCAAAGCUACCUCAGCACUACCUUCAAAAUGUUCGCUUUACGUAUCGCUUCUAAAAUAGGACACCGUGUUACCGGUAACGUUGGUUCACGUUCGAUAGCCAGCUUAUCUGCACUUUCGGAUACGCAUCAGAUGCUACAGAAAACGUGCCGUGAUUUUGCGGACAAUGAGUUGGUACCGAAUGCGGCUCGGUUCGACCGGGAGCAUCUUUAUCCGGCAGAACAAAUACGCAAGAUGGGAGAACUGGGGCUGAUGGCGGUAUCGGUGAAAGAAGAUUACGGAGGUACUGGAUUGGAUUAUCUUGCAUACGCUAUCGCAAUGGAAGAAAUAUCACGCGGCUGUGCAACGGCAGGUGUUAUCAUGUCGGUGAACAAUUCACUGUAUUUGGGACCACUAACGCAUUUUGGAAACGAGGACCAAAAGCAAAAAUACGUCGUCGGUUACACCGAUGGCACGCGAGUGGGUUGCUUUGCAUUAUCCGAACCGGGCAAUGGAUCAGAUGCGGGUGCCGCAUCAACCAUGGCCACAUUGAAAGGCGACCACUGGGUACUAAACGGAACCAAAUGCUGGAUUACGAAUGGGUACGAAGCUGGCGCGGCCGUCGUAUUUGCCACCACGGACAAAUCACUGAAACACAAGGGCAUUUCAGCGUUCAUAGUGCCAAAGGAUACGCCCGGGUUUUCUCUGGGCAAGAAAGAGGACAAGCUGGGCAUACGCGGGUCGUCAACAUGUUCGUUAAUCUUUGAAGACUGUGCCAUUCCGAAGGAAAAUUUACUCGGUGAACCGGGAUUCGGGUUUAAAAUCGCGAUGCAAACGCUAGAUGCUGGCCGGAUAGGUAUUGCGAGCCAAGCGUUAGGUAUUGCCCAAGCAUCACUCGAGUGUGCCGUCGAUUAUGCCAAUAAGCGCAUCGCAUUUGGCAAACCGAUCUCGAAGCUGCAGGCCAUCCAGACGAAAAUAGCCGACAUGUCCACACGACUCGAGUCAGCACGUUUACUGACGUGGAGGGCCGCAUGGUUGAAGGAUAAUAAAAAACCGUUUACAAAGGAAGCGGCACAGGCCAAGUUGGCAGCGUCGGAGGCGGCUACGUUCUGUGCACAUCAGGCGAUUCAGGUGCUCGGCGGCAUGGGAUAUGUAUCGGACAUGCCAGCCGAGAGGCACUAUCGGGAUGCAAGAAUCACAGAAAUUUACGAAGGAACGUCCGAGAUUCAGCGGCUCGUUAUUGCCGGUGCCGUCAUUAAGGAGCUAACGGCGUAGUGCGGAUUUAUGAGUAUAAUUAACCGAACGGGACUGCCAAUCAGUGUUGAUAUUUUUAUUGUCUUGAAUCUUUUGUUGUAGUAAUUCUUGCCGUUGUAAAUUGCGUAAAAAAAUAAAAUCAAAUUUGAUUCUAACAAGCAUUAA